AAAAGCAUCCAAAAAGGGGAUUCCCACUUCUCAGAAUAACAUGGAAACUGUGAAUAGAACCAAAGCCAACAAACUGUCAAAGAAUCUGCCAAAGUAACUAGAAUCUUAUUAGAAAAUAAAAGUUUCCGCUAAACUUUAGAUAUGCAUAUAUUAUUACGAGGGAUAACCAUAGUGUAUUUCUACACUGCCCUUGUGCUAGGCUUCUGGAUAAAGAGACAAGAAAGGCAUCAGUUCUCCAGGAUUAGCUAUGCAUAUAUGGAUGGGACCCUCCUGGAACCAAUCUGGAGAUACCCCAUCUCUCCAAUUGUGGAAUGGGUUCAAAUAAACAGAAGAUUUGUCCUGUGUAGUCUGUUGACACUCUCGGGAAUUCUAAAAUUGCUGCCUUGUCCGCAUCCAGGAACAAAAAGGUCAUGUGUUUACCGCUUCUUGUCAAUACUAAUCGAGAACUUUGUGGGACUUCCACAGAUCUGGAUCUGGCUCCUGGGCUUGACAAGUGAUAACUCAUUAGAACCAUCAUAUUAUCCAUCCAUCCUCGUUCAAGCAACUGGUGGUACAACUCCAUUGACAUUUGAAACCUUGUGCCAGUUCCUGUUUGUGAAAUCAUCAAUUAUCUUUGUUGUGGGUUAUGGGAUAUAUUUAACUAAAAAGGCUAUGUGGUCACUUGCUAAAAAAGAAAACCAGUUGCGUCAUAAAGGUGUUGUCUCAAAAGAAUACCUCGUUCGAACUGUGGUCAUUUUAGUUGUUUGUAUAGUUGUAUUUUGGGGAUUCAUUGUAAAUCAGGCGUUGAGUAUGUACUUUGACCCCCGGGGAAUGAUCAACACUUUUUUGUUUAGUUUGUUCCUAGUCUGUGUCCUGUAUGGGUUAAUGACUCAAUGUCAAGAGUUCCACGUGAAGGUUUUCUUGGUUGGUGCUUCCUUAUUCAUCGUCAACUUGUUGUUUCAGGAAAUAUACCGGAGUUAUUUACUCGGCCAUGUUUAUUUCAUAAGUAGCAGUCAUUUGGUUAUGCUUCACUAUCUGUGCUAUUACUCCACUCUGAGCCAUAUCAGCACCAAUGAAUAUUCAGAAGGUUAUCAAGAAUAUGAAAACAUUGCUGAGAAUUCAUCAGUGAAACUUGUCAGUUAUAUCCAGGUUUUGUUUGGAAUUAUACAAGUUUGUGUGUCAAUUAGUCUUCUAAGAUUCAUUAUCCAGGCUUUUAGUCCUGCUUUUAAAUUAGAGAAACAGUUUUCUGAUCUCAUUGAAGGAUACAAAGACAUGUUUUGGUGCACAGUUCCUAAUGUUUUCUUCCUUGUUGUUGUAUUUGGAUACAAAUUCGAUGGUAGCUUUCUCCCAUACAAGUUUGCUUUGUUUCCUCACUUUAGAAAGGAAGCAUUUAGGUUCAGUUAUGAUUUCUGGUCCCCAGCUACUAUACUUGUCCAGCAGUUCAAAGCAGUUGCUUUUAUCAUUGUUUAUUACAUAUACACAUUCACAAUUACCCCAAAUGAGAUUAAUUUUUUGUUUGCCGAUAUUGUCACCAUUGAGGUCUUUCUCAUAUCUGUCAGAGUAGCUUUCACAUUUCCUCAGGGAACUUCACCAUUUGAUACCCUUGAAUCUGUCCACUGGUCACAAGUGCUCAACACUGAUGAAUCCUGUUACAUCCCUCUAAAGACCAGUUUCCAACAGUAUGUGACAGAAUCAGUGUCUGAUGAAGACGAGGCAGCUGGUUCCAAACAAGCUAAACACCCAAAGAAGAGCAGAGAGAAACCAACCAUGCCAAAGCCUAUAUCUUCCCCAAGCUCUCAGAAAAAAGGCAAGAAAUGCAUGCAAGGAAGAGGGGUGCAGACUCAGACCAUUGAGGAACUGAAGCAAGAGUUAAUACGUGAUGAGUCGACCAGACAAGGACACAAGAAAAUGAACUAUAAUUUCUUCUUUGGAAAUUUUGGUGGUAACAUCUUUUUAGAUUGUAAAAACAAUGUUAGUAUGACAGAUAAUAGCACAAGUGUGUAUAGCAAUAACACCGAUACAGCUGAAGAGAAUGGCGAUUGUGUUUUGGAAACAGACCCAUCUGACGAUUCUUCUUAAAGGGAUACUCCAUUACUAUGCAUCUAAAUGCAUUAGUUAAAAUCAAAGGCU